UCUCUUUUGCAUUUAUUUGAGGCUCUGCUAUCAUUCUUCAACUACCAUUCGCUUCAACUACUUAAUACAGUUACAUUUUUUUUCUUUUUAUAUCCCUUAGUACUAGCCCAACCUCCAAUAUUUAAUGCCUCUCAAUUGCCAACAGGCAAACUGUAAAUCCUUUAUUUAUUGCUACUAAACAAUUGUUGCCUUUUUGGCCCUAUUUAUACUCCAAAACUUCAAGUAUACUUUGCAUCAAGCACCACAUUUACUUGUAUACUCACAAAUAGGCCUUCCAAUACUCUCCUCUGUUGUUAAUAGGUUUAUUUGCUCUCACAUUUUCACCAAGAAAACCAGCCAUGGCCAAGAUUGUUUUAGUUCUCCUUUUGGCCCUCUUUGCCAUCUUCAUGCUUGCUACCACUGUUAUGGCUGCAAAUGGCAAACACCACCAUGCUAAAAAAUACGGACCAGGGAGCUUGAUGCCCUCACAAUGUCUACCACAAUGUACGAGAAGGUGUAGCAAGACACAGUACCACAAGCCAUGCAUGUUUUUCUGCCAAAAAUGCUGCAACAAGUGUUUGUGUGUUCCACCUGGUACCUAUGGAAACAAGGCUGUUUGUCCCUGUUACAACAAUUGGAAGACCAAGGAAGGAGGACCCAAAUGCCCUUAAAUUACUUUCUACUUUCUCUCUAUUUUCUUCAUCAAAUAUGUCUACCUAAUCUUCUUGUUCUCUCCUAUUGCACUUUUAUCUAACCCAAGGGUUAUAUAUCUAAUGUAACCAUAUUUCCAGUUUAAAUGGAAAAAAAAAAGUAAAAUAUUUUACUCCCAUUUAAUGUUUA